CCUGGGUGGUUGGCAGCCCAGCGCAGUUUCCCGAGGAGACGCGGCGCUGAUGGGGCGGCGGAGACCCGGACGGACGGCCUGGGCGGCCUGAGAGCGAGCGAGAGAGAAUCCUGACAUCUUUUGACAGCAGCCCUUCAUUCGACAAAGGAAUGACGAGACUCUUGUGAGAAGAACAAUUCUUUUGAGGGGAAGGAAUUUGGGGGAAGCGGAAUCGCACGAAUUCUCGCAAGAUUACCACCGCUGCAAGCUUGGCGUUUCCUCCCCGGCAUCUUUUCAGUCUGGCUGGGUGUCUAGCAUGCGAAUUGUCGGCCUUCACUAAUGAGAGGGAGAAUGGGAACCCAGGGCAGCCCUGUCAAAAGCUACGAUUACCUGCUGAAAUUCCUCUUGGUCGGGGACAGCGACGUGGGCAAAGGAGAAAUCCUUGAGAGUCUUCAAGACGGGGCUUCGGAAUCGCCCUAUGCCUACAGCAACGGAAUUGAUUACAAAACCACAACAAUCCUGUUAGAUGGCAGAAGGGUCAAACUGGAGCUCUGGGACACGUCUGGCCAAGGAAGGUUCUGUACUAUUUUUCGAUCUUAUUCCAGAGGAGCCCAGGGCAUCCUCUUGGUGUACGACAUCACCAAUCGCUGGUCUUUUGAUGGAAUAGACCGAUGGAUCAAGGAAAUCGAUGAGCAUGCCCCCGGGGUGCCCCGGAUCUUGGUUGGCAACCGCCUUCACCUAGCCUUCAAGCGGCAGGUGCCCACGGAGCAAGCCCGAUCCUACGCAGAGAAGAAUUGCAUGACCUUCUUCGAAGUCAGCCCGUUGUGCAACUUCAACGUGAUCGAGUCCUUCACCGAGUUGUCCCGCAUUGUGCUGAUGAGACAUGGCAUGGAGAAGAUCUGGAGGCCCAACAGAGUGUUCAGCCUCCAAGACCUCUGUUGUCGGGCCAUCGUUUCCUGCACGCCGGUCCACCUGAUCGAUAAGCUCCCGCUUCCCGUCACCAUCAAGAGCCACCUGAAGUCCUUCUCCAUGGCCAAUGGCAUGAACGCCGUGAUGAUGCACGGCCGCUCGUACUCCCUGGCGAGCAGCGGAGGGGGCAGCGGCAGCAAAGGCAACAGCCUGAAGCGCUCCAAGUCCAUCCGCCCGCCACAGAGCCCGCCGCAGAACUGCUCGCGGAACAACUGCAAGAUCUCUUAGCGGGGGAAGCGCCCCCGGGACGGGACGGGACGGACGGACGGGACGGGUCCCCUCCAAGCGCAUGCACCUGCACCUGCUCGCCGAUGUACAGAUGUUGAACACCGCACGUCACCCAUCCCAUCGGCCACGGGUUUGCAAAGAACACCGGCUCAGCGUGGCAGGAGCCUGGGCAAAAGGAAGGACAAGGGCCGCACCACGUUAGCUUUCCCAGAAUGCAAUAGGUCUUCCCCUUCUCUGGCAGGAAAGGACCAGCAGCUUCCAGGGUGUGGAUUUUUCUUCUUCUGGGUUUUUUUUUUUGGGGGGGGGGGGGGGCG